CCGACCAACCACAGGCCGCCGCGUGCCAGCCCGGCCUGCAGUCGGCCUCCUGAUAGCCGAUCGGCCUGCUGUGGGCCGACUGGGCUCAGUCGGCCUGCAGUGGGCCGACGGUGUAUUAUUCUUGUAAAUUCUUUUUUCUGCGUAUUAUUUCUGUAAUUUUAAAAAAAAUGUAUUAUUUAAAAAAAAUUAGCCUCUCGCCAACGGCCGCUGCCUUACGAGCCAGACCUGGAGCGCAUGCCCGCGCGCGCACGCCAGUCAUCGCCUGGAGGCGUGGUUUACUCCCAACAAAGGGAAUAGACGGUGGAUAGUGACAAGAUCAAAGAUAUGCAUCAUCCAAAACUGGGGAAUAAUAAGGGGAUAGACGAUGGAUCCAGAUACACGCAUACGGCUGCAGGGAUGGGCGAUAGCUUGGACUACUCGGUUUGCUUGGAAGCACAAGAGCGCCCUAGGUACGAACUUACCGGACAGAGGAUGAAGAGGACUGAGGCUGAACCGACUGACCUGGACUGCAGCAUGCACGGCGGCGGCAGCGGCAGCAGGGUGUCCGGCGGCUACAACGGUUACUGGAACUGGAGCUCCCCGGACACCGGAUACUCGAGCUCCCCCGUGGUGUCGGCGGCGGUGUCGGCGAGCAAGAGCAACGUCGUCGUGACGAGGAGGCUACGCGGCCAGACGCUCAACGGCAAGCUCUACGCCCUCCGGAGCGUCGUCCCAAACAUCACCAAGAUGGAUAAGGGGUCCAUCCUCAGGGACGCCGUCGAGUACAUCCAGCAGCUGCAGGAGCAGGAGCGCCGGAUGCUCGCCGAGAUAUCCCUCCUUGAGUCGGCAGCGGAGGUACAUGGCCAUGCCCAGCUGCUUACUGCUACACUACAGCCCGUCCUUCCGAACGCCUGCGCCGGACACGCCAUGCCGCCGAUGAAGAAAACGAGGAGGCCCCUGCCAUUCCUGUCGCCGGUGACCCCCGCCCCCGCAUCCGCCACGGCCCACGGCCGCCGCAUCUCCGUGAGGGUGACGGGCGCUGGCGAUAAGCUGCUGGUGGUGAGCGUCGCGUGCCGCCACCGGAAGGACGCCAUGGCCAAGGUGUGCCGUGUGCUCCAGAGCCUCCAGCUCGCCAUCAUCUCGGCUAACGUCACGGUUGCGUCCGGGACGGUGACGCACACCGCGCUCCUACAGAGACAGGAAAUACAUAAGAGCGAAAUGAAGGAAUUGAUCGAGACUGCAAUCGCCCAUGUUGAUGUCGCGGGAAGUACUCUGAGUAAUAUGAGUUACUGA